AUGACGUCGCAGGUGCCGCAGAGCCAGGCGGCGAUGCUGGCAACGAUCACUUCGGAUUUGGAUAAGAUUGCUCCGAGGUUUGAAAUGCAGCCCGAGCAGAUUCAGAUUAUUCAGACGCCUGCUGAGUUUUAUCAAACGCUGAAGGACAAAAUCUCAAAAGCCCAACACAGAAUCUACCUCAGCACCCUCUACAUUGGAAAAACAGAACACGACCUCAUCAGCACCAUCCGCGCAGCCCUCACUAGAAACCCCAAUCUCCACGUCUCAUUCCUAACAGACGCCUUACGCGGGACACGAGAAACCCCAAACCCAUCCACAGCUUCGCUCCUCGCCCCUCUAAUCAGCGAAUUCGGCGCAGAGCGAGUCCAAAUACGCAUGUACCACACACCCAAUCUAACGGGUCUCCGUAAAAAAUACAUACCCAAACGCAUCAACGAAGGCUGGGGCCUCCAACACAUGAAACUCUACGGUAUCGACGACGAAAUCAUCAUGAGCGGCGCCAAUCUCAGCGAAGACUACUUCACUAACCGUCAGGACCGCUACCAUCUUUUCCGCUCUGCAGAAUUGACAUCGUACUUUGCCAAGAUCCACGACGGCGUGUCUGCACUGAGUUUCGACAUCCAGCCGUCUGACGCUCCGGGCGCAGGCGGAUACACAAUGGCAUGGCCUAGUAGCAACGCAGGUCCGAAUCCCCUCGAAAACCCUUCUUCGUACAGAAAAGCAGCGGAAAAACACCUAUCGCACCUGCUCACCCCUUCCAAUUCUCCCCCCUCCGCAUCUAAUCAGACAUCAAGUUCGAACUCAACAACAACAACAACAAUCCACCCCAUCCUCUCCCUCGUCCCCCUCCUCCCCUCCUCCACCGAACUCCCCGCCCUAACCUCCCUCCUCACCACCCUCUCCCACACCCCCAGCAUCUGGACCUUUACAGCUGGCUACUUCAACAUGACACCUUCCUUCCGCCGUCUCCUCCUCGCCACCCGCCCCUCACGCGGCACAGUGCUAACCGCACACCCCCACGCAAACGGCUUCUACGGCUCCAGCGGCGUAAGCGGCAUGUUACCAGCUGCGUAUACGCAUCUGGCAAAAAUGUUCCUGAGACAAGUAAGGUAUCAAGGCUUAAGCGAAAGUAUUGUCCUGAAAGAGUGGAGAAAAGGGAAAGUGGGGGAGGAGGGGGGGUGGACGUAUCACGCCAAGGGUAUUUGGAAUACCGACACCAACGACCCGUGUCUAACAGUCAUCGGCUCCUCAAACUACACCAAGCGCGCCUACGAACUCGAUCUCGAAGCCAACGUUGUUCUUUGUACGACUGAUCCUGGCUUGAGGCGGCGGUUGGGCGAGGAAGUCAGGUGGUUGGGCGAGCAUGCGACGAGGGUUGAUGAGAGGGAGUUUGAGAAAGAGGACAGGAAGGUGGGGAUGAAUGUGAAGUUGGCGAUGUGGGCGGUGCGGGUGCUUGGUGGGGCGUUGUAG